ACACUUUGGAUAAUGGCUCCUACCAACAUUUCUCUGGAUACUUUCUCCUCGAAAGAAAAAAACAAACUGAGAAAGCCUAUUGUGGAAAAGAUGCGCAGAGACAGGAUUAAUAACAGCAUCGAGCAGCUGAAGCUUCUCCUGGGGAAAGAAUUUCACGAGCAGGAACCCAAUGUCAAACUAGAGAAGGCUGAUAUCCUUGAGAAGGCAGUGAGCUACCUGCAACAGCAAACAAGUCAGUCUCCCAAUUUGGCAAAACUGGAACAAGAUUACAAGCAAGGGUUCUCAUGCUGUUUAAAAGAAGCCGUGCAGUUCCUGUGCUAUUACCCAGAAAAUGGAGAAACCCAGAUGAAACUGCUUAAUCACCUGCAAGCACCCCAAAGGCUCUCAGUUGCCCCUCACACCUAUAUCCCCAGUGUUUCUGACUCCAAACAAGUAGCUCUGGCGAGCACAACCAACAAAAUAUGGCGUCCCUGGUGAACUCCAAUGGACUAUUGAAUCCCAGAGGGAAAAAUGACUUGAAGUCACAUAUUCCUCUAGCAGUAAGGAACACUUUCCUAAUAGUCUACCUGGAUAUGCUUGGAUGUUGUCAAUCAACUCAAAAAAAAAAACCUGAUUCUGACAAGCAUGCGCGUUAUCCUAUGGGAUGCUUAGUAACUCCUAUGAAGAAGUUCAUUUACUUGUACCUUGCUCAAGGGUUUAAAGAGCGUUUUAUCAUUGUUGAUAAUGUAGUAUCAUUUAUAAUGUUUUUUUUAACAUUUUAUUUUAUCUUCUAUGAAGUAUAAUAGUUCUAUAAUACUUAUAGAUAUAUAUAUUGUACAAUGGGGUGAUAGUACAUUCAUGUGCCAUAUGUAUUGUGUUAUAUACGGCAGUGCACCAGGAUGGUGAAAUCCCAACCCCCAUUUCAGCUAGUUACUUCAGUGAAGUUGCCUUUGUAGCAUAUGUAUUGUAUAAUAUUUAUAUUAGGGCUAUAUUUUAGAAAAUGAGAGAAUUAGGCAAAGUUUUGCCAACGGUUUUAUUUUUUUUAAACUGUACAUUUGGAUUUCUCUACCUGCAAAACAGGACCCUAUUCUAAUAGAAUGUUGUUAUGUGUAUGUAUAAAAGGAUAUUCUAAUCCACAGCAUAUCAUUCUUUAAGGAAUGAAGACUAGUAUUUCUAAAGAGGAAAAAGUGCUUUCAUUUGUGUAGAUGGCAACUUCCCAUCUGGCAGCUAUAUGCUACAUAUUCUGUGUAACUUCUGUGAAGUUAAUAGUGAGUAACCUCAAUAACAGGUUCAAGGGAAAUUAUCUUUAAGAGCAGACUUUUAUUAGAGAGUAUCUUUAAUGAAGUCAGAAUAAAGAUUCAUGUAUCUUUUAUAAAGAUGUGCUUCUAUCUCUUUGCAUGUUUAUUUCUUGUUAAAGAAAUGCCUGUUCUAUGUGAUCCUACAACUUUUUGUUGUAAAAAAAAAACAAGUGUAUGAAAUAUUUUGAUUCAUCUGGUAGCUGCGCCUGUGGUUAUAUUGAGUAAAUCGUCCUUGUGGGACGGACAUUGUUUAUGUUUAACAUGUACUUCUGUACAAUUUAUAUAUUGCACUGAAUUUGUUUUCUUUUUAAAGGAAUAUUGCACAAGGUUGAAAUAAAAUAAUUCUUCUACAGUA